GCAGCAGGGUUCCAGACAAGCUUAAUUGUGCUCAUUUUAAUUUAUGUAAUUUAAUUUCAUUUUGGUAGGAAAAAUACUUGUUAAUUCACUUUUCUAGUUAGUAGUAGCUUCUAAAGCAAGCCUUAUUGAUAUAAUUAUGGGGAAAAAAGUCUUUGCCGGAGCCAGACAACAUUUUCUGGAUUGAGACUUGUCAUCUCAAAAAGCCUCACUGAAGAUACCAAUGUCAUCCAGAUCUGGCAGCACAAAAGAGUAUGAAACUAGUGACCAGUCGCCCAGUCGUUCGGCUUCCCCACCAGUUCCAGAGUCUAGUGAGACUGAGGCUGAAGGCUUGAUAUUUUAUCACAUGGAUCUUUAUGGAUCAAGGGAAAGGUUUGAUAUCUUUCCUGAAGAGCCAUUUGGUCAAAGAGAGAGAUCUCUGGGAGAUACCAGAAGGGAAUCUGCAUUGAGUAGCAAAAAAUUUCAGUGCCCACAGGAAGCUGGAUAUGACUUGGAAAAGGAGGUUGCAGAGUUGGCUAAGAUGUAUGGACUUGAUGAGGAUAGAGAAAAAGAGCUUGAGCUUCUUGGAGGACAUCUGGAGGUGGUGGAGGGCAGAUGGCCACCUGCUUGCACAGAAAAAGUAGGAUCACAAGGCUCUGUAUAUAAUGCAUCAAAAAGCAGCUCUCCAGUGAAAGAUCAAAGUCAAAGCACAAAGCAACAGGGACUUCCUGGCAAGGCUUCUCAAAAUGAACAUCAGAGCAAAGCCAGAGCAGAGGAUGAGGCUGAGAGCCACACGUGGUCCAGAGAGGGCCUUAGCAGCAGCGGCAUAUCAGAUGCGUGGAGCAGUCAGGCUGUCAGUGAGGAGGAGGAAGCAGCAGAUGUUUUUUGCUCUACCUGCAAGAUGCCAAUCCGAGCUUUUGACAAACUGUUUGGUGAGCACAAGGAUCACGAAGUGGCUCAGCUCCCCAGUGCCGUGGAAAGCGAAAAGGAGGAGAUUCAUAAAAACAUAUGCAAGUUGGAAGAGCAGAUUGCUCAGAUGGAAAACUUUGCCAGUCACUUGGAGGAAAUCUUCAUCACUGUUGAGGAAAACUUUGGGAGGCAAGAGCAGAACUUCGAGGUGCAUUACAACGAUGCAGUGCAAGUGCUUGCUCAGAAGUACAAAGAACAGUUGGAAGCACUGGGGGAAGAGAAGAGACAGAAGCUGGAAGCUUUAUAUGGGCAGCUGGUCAGUUGUGGGGAACAUCUUGACAGCUGCAAGGAGUUGACAGACGCAACCCAGGAGCUUUACCUGGAAAAUGACAAAGCCGAUUUUAUGAAGGUAAAGAUACAUCUGCCUUCCAGAAAUAGCUGUUAUUUUAGAAAAGAAGUGGAUUUAGACCUUUCAACACUGCCAGACUUUGAAGAGCGGGUCAUAGAUUUCUCUGAAGUUGAACAACUAAUGAACUCCAUUAAUACUAUUCCAGCUCCUUGUGCCCCUGUGAUCAAUCCCCAGGCUCCCAAUGCAGCGACUGGCACCUCACUAAGAGUUUGCUGGGGCCUUUUCUCAGAUGACACUGUUGAGUGCUACCAACUGUGCUAUAAACCAGUGAGCAAUGAGAGACACAGUGAUGAACAAGCAGAGCAUACGCUAAAAGUCAAAGAAACAUACUGCACCAUUACUAAUCUGUUGCCGAAUACACAGUAUGAAUUUUGGGUCAGUGCUUUAAAUGCCUCUGGUAUCAGUCCACCAAGUGAAAGAGCAGUUUAUGUAACAGCUCCUUCACCACCUACCAUAAAGAGUAAAAAGAUCCGAAGCUGUGAAAAUGCAGCACUGGUGUGCUGGGAAUCUAGAGACAUUAACCCUGUUGAUUCCUACAUGGUUGAAUUGUCCAAGCUGACAGAUGAAGAAAAUGGUGAUAUUAUUACUGAAUCUAUUGUUGGGAUUCCUAACUGUGAAGUCCUAAUUCACCUCCAGCCAACACAAAGCUAUCGCAUCUGUGUUAGAGCCCUGAAUCUGGGUGGUUCCAGUGAAAGAAGUGAACCUGUCCUGAUACACACCACAGGCACCUACUUCUGCCUUAACGAGGACACAGCCCAUCCUUUACUUGCGAUUCUAGAUGAUGGAUUUACAAUUGCAUGCGAUGAACUGGAAAACCCAGACUGUGAUCUGCCCAUCUAUGAUAACAGCUUUACAAGCUGCUCUUUGGAACUUAAGCAUCACUUGGAAG